UGUCAAAAUCAUAAAAAAAAAUAAUGUCAAAUUGCUAAUAUGGCUGAUGCUGCAGCAGCCCGUCGUGAGGCCAGGAGAAGAAGAAUAUUGGAAAACUCUAACAAUAGAUUGCAAUUAAUUGCGGGGAAAAGCGGCGACGAAAGCGCCCGAGCUUCUCCAGUCAAACCAUUUUUUUUGGAAGAGAACAGCAGCAACAAUACUCCGGCACCAGAAUUAGUACCUGACAGUCGGUGUUCCAGUAGAUCCUCUGUGGCCAAUGGUGUUCCCGGUUUAGAGGCAGAGUUGAUUGGAUUACUGUCGACUUUCAAUGCACCCAUAGGAGCAGGUGACACUGAGGUAGACAAUGACUUGGCAGCUUUCACAGCUCCUACGCCGGAGCCAGUCAAAAACCCUACACUGUGGGAGAAGCUUGUCACAUACAAAUAUGAUGUGGUCAUACUAGCCAUAGUGUUGCAAGUCCUGUACAAUGUAGCGUCUGUCCAGUAUGACAAUGUUUAUAUCUUUUUGCCAGUAGUUGUUUAUGUUCUCACAAAGCUCCUUUGGGCGCCUGAAAAGCAACAAUCAAGUAUAGCAAAUGCACUGUUAUUAAUGAAUGGUCUAUCACCGGACAAAGUACAAAAAAUUAUGUUUGUCUCACAGUUAGCCAUGAUGGUCACACAAGACAUUUCAUUGUUUCUAUUCACAACCAUUUGCAUACAAUCACUUUAUGUGACAAUAUCAGAUAAUAUUUAUUCAUAGUGAAUUGUUAUUUUACACACUUUCACUAGUUAUGGCAUACAGACUGAAAUGUUUUCCAUAUAGCUGGCUAGGCAUUUACUAAUAUAUUUUAUUGCUUGUGCCUUUACAUAAGUGAGAUAAUGUAAAAUGUGUGCGUUUUAGUCACAUAUUGCCAUUUUAGUUGAUAAAAUAAGAGUGACCAUUUGUACAUAGAAUUCAACAUUAUCCUUUCAGAUUGCUAUUGAAUAUUAGGUAACAUUUCAUUCUAUUAUGCAUUUAAAUUUUUAAACUCAGCAUUUGUACUUUAAUGUUAUGCUUUUACAUACUAUGACAUAAAAAAAUAUUUUUUUAGACCACAACAAAAUGUUUUGUAAGAGGUCUUGGUUUGCCAGCUUUAAUUUAAUUUCUACUUUAUUUUGCCCUUAUUAACGAAGGCUGAUGCUAUUUAAAAUUUGGUACCCAUGCCUAAUGCACUCAUUUGUAAAUCAGAAUACCUACUAUGUUUUCUAUGGCCUAACAUUGCCUUUUAUUUGGUUGUAGAAGUUAUACAUAUUACAUACUUCUUAACAUAUUAUAUUGUACCUUUUGUUCUACUUCAAUGAUUGUAUAUUUAUUUUUUAUUUAUAAUUCAACUUUGUAGAAGUUUAGUUGUUCAUUUAUAUUUUAAAUUGUUACCUUCAACUAAUAAACGAAACAAUUCAAAUUAUCGUGCAGAUAUUGAGUGGUGCUAAAAAUGUUAAAAGUACCUAUUAUCUCAGCUCUGCAUGACUACAGUAUAAUAAAUUUGAUCUUUAAAUAUCUAGAAGAAUCUAUUUUUAAUUUAGAAAAUUAAGGAAGUAUAUUUUAGUCCAGCCCAUUAUUUCUGUUGAUAAAAAUAGCAAGAAACAAAGGAUCAGAUGAAUUUAUUCUUUUAAAUUUUUGUAAGUAUGUUAAUGUUGGGGAUUAAAAAACGGAUUCAGUAA